GUAGAGAUCAAACUGUUUGCAAGAUUCUCAGAAAGUGAAAAAUAGAAACAGGCAUAGAAAAAUCUUCUUCAAUAAGAGGGACACAAAAAUGGGGGAAAUGUCAAAUACAGAAUGAAAUAGUAGUAGCUGCUACGGGGACUGCCCCUUAACAGCCCUGCUACUGCUUUCUCUCUUGACUCCGUGCCAUCUUUGGUUCCUCCUACUUAAACUUACACACUAUCAGCGGAGAGCUCAAGUAUUAAGCUCCUAUAGCGCAGAGGGACAGCUUUGUUUUAGAAGAGGUAAAAUAUUCAGUCCAGAUGCAACUAUGGCAAUCAUGUGUUGCUGAAUGAAUGACUGAAGAAAGUUUUGAGUUGGAUUCUAAAGAGUUGUUUUUUUCAAGAAAGUAAACAAAGGUACUUCUUGUGUGGCAUGGCAGAGGACCGUGGUCCCCAGAUUUUUGUGGUGGACCAACCAACCAGCAACACACAGCUGCCAAUCAGACAGAAACCCUUAUGGAUGAGGGCACAACAUAAACUUAUAUUGCCCCUGUUUGCUGUGGUCAUGUUUGGACUUGCCUUGGAGGGGAUUUACAUCUACAGACUGCACAAAAGGACAGAGGAAUUGUUCCUGUCUCAUCAUCUCCAACUGCAGAACCAGUCAAGCCCCCAUGAAGCUGCUGGUAAUAAACUGGAACAAGUGGCACCUAUAAUGUCCAAUGAGGUCCCUACAGAACUAUUGCAUCCACAAGAGAUAACAGAAAGACCAAUGGCACAUCUUCAAGGCUCAGAUACAGUUGGUGAAGAUGGUGUGGUCCAGUGGGUCAAAAAUAGUGAUGGCUUCAUCAGUCACAUUGGAUACAACAGCAGUGGGCUGGUGAUAAAGAGAAAUGGCUUCUACUAUCUGUACUCUAAAGUGCACUUCCAGGAGACAGAGGACUGUGUGAUGGUCAACCACAGGGUCAUCAGAAACACCACGGAGUACGGGCUGCCCAUCGAGCUCAUGAAGUCUGAAAGUCUCCAUUGCCGCAAUGAACGUCAAAACCAGAAGAAUUCAAGAAAGCAGACAGAUUUGUGGAACAGUUUUCUUGCUGGAGUCUUCAAGCUGGAAACUGGAGAUCACAUUUUUGUAAAGCUGGACAAAGGAUUGUACCCAGGGCCAGAUGAUAACUUUUUUGGAGCUUUCAAGAUUAUUUAGUGUAAUUUAAAAAAAUCUGUUUAGGGGCAUGUUCAUGGAGAUACAUUUUGUGCCUUGAGAAUUUUUGUAUGUAAUAGCAUACACCCAAGUAGCUGAUAUUCAGAAUUAUUAUUUAUUGUUUGACGUGAAAAUAAAGUGUUAUUGAAAUUGCA